CGCACCGCAUCCAGCCCCAUCCGACGGCUCCCGCACCGCGUCCCGCAGCGCACGCCAGCCCGAGGUUCGUCCGAGAAAGCGCAGCCGAGGCCCAGCAUGCCGGGGAACACGAGCCGUCAAGGGCCAUCCGGUGCCCAGAGCCACGUCGGCUCCCGCACUGCCCGAGCACAGUUGUCGUUCUCUGUGAGCUACGUGGAGCACCUCCUGCGGGAGGGCCACUACUCGAAGCGCCUGGGCGAGUCCGCACCGAUCUUUCUAGCGGCCGUCAUCGAGUUCCUGACGACCAAAGUCCUGGAGCUGGCGGGCGUCGAGGCCCGGAACAGAGGCAGGAGGCUCAUCACCCCGGAUCUCCUGGACAUGGCGGUCCACAACCACACGCUGCUCAGCGACUUCUUCCAGUCCACGACCAUCUCCCAGGUGGGCCCGCGCUAGAAGUAGCCGUGCAACGCGACCCGGGGCCCGGGCCCGGGCCCGCAG